AUGCUCGCGUUACUUCUCUUGGUUCAUAAUGCUGCUGGUAAAGACACGCAAAAAGAUGUUCCAACAAUCCAGCCCAUAGUAUCUUGUCCUGACGUCGGUUAUUAUUUCAAACGAGAUGUAAACCCUAAUUCCAUAAGCCCAGGACCAUGCAACUUAUGUUUCUGCCAAGAUAAUGCUACAGCAGUCUGUUGGCCAAGAGAUAGCUCAAGAUGUGAUCCUAAGCAUUAUUCUUAUUAUGGUAAAAGAAAAAGAGAGAAUAGAGAGAAGAGGAGUCCAGCUUUCACCGAUAUCUUCUUUCGUGAUGCAGCUAGAGAAGUUUUUCACAGACAAACUCCAGAACAAUGUAAGCCAUAUGAGUCCAGUUUCAGUGAAGGAUGUCCACCUGCUGAUUGGUGUAUCGGAUGCACGGUAUGUGACUGUGAUGCUAACGGACGAUGGGACUGCCAUACACUGAGUUUCUGUCCAGAUAAGAAAGGCAAACAAGUGGUAAAGAAAAAAAGGAAUUCGCAGAGAAGUAGACGACAGUUAGCGAAGGGAAAACAUACUGUUAAAACAACAAAAAAACCUGCUAAAACCUUAACAAAAAAACCUAGUAAAACAAUAAAGAAAUCAAACAAAAAUGUCGUCAAACAAAACAAAGUUAAAAUAAAUACAAAGCAACAAGUUAAAAACUCGAAAAACAAUCAUCAUAAAAACAAUGCUAAUAAGAAAGGUAGUGCUAAGAGAGCAUCUCCUGUGAAGAAAACAAAGAAACCGUUUCAAAACAAAAAAGUCCCACCCAAAAAGAAAAUCCCAAACAAAAAGAUUCAACAAAGUAAAAAGUCUAUGAGUACCAAAACUAAACCAGUUCCAGUAAACAAAAGGAACACUUUCGAUCCAAGCGAGACAGUUAAAUACACAAAAAUGAUUUUAAAUAGGGUGAUGGAUUCCGUAAACAAAGUUGUGAAUGAAACUCAAAAGUCCUUUCAAAAAGACAAGUCACUGAAGAAAAGUCCAUCCUCUAAGCACACUAAUAAUGUAUAUGAUAAAAAUAAACAUAAUAAUGGUAAAAAAAUAAGCAAAUGGCAUCAAGUGAAAAAUAUGCCACCGAGUAGAAAAGAAAAGAGGUCAAGACGUAAACGACAAGUGAUUACUGAAAAUAAAAUCCAAAAAGUAAGCGACGGAAUAGACAUUCUUAUAGAAGCUAUUAAAAGUGCUCCCGAUAUAAAAUCUUUUAACAAGAUAGUCUUUGAUAAUAAAAUUGUUCAAACAAACCAAAAUAUUAUAUCAACUACAGAAACCCGUUUAGCGGUUCACCACAGUUCACCUUUCUAUAACGUUAAUAAAAAUAUAGAAAAAGUUCAUUUUCACCAAGUCAACGACAGCGUAAAAGAGUUCGAUUCAAUUGAUGCGGACGAAGGUUAUGGAGAUAUAUACGAUUAUAAUAAAACAUAUCCACAAAAAGAACUCAAAGUAAAUAGAUUUUUCGAUAUUGAAGUUACUGAAAAAAUUAUAGACACAACAAUGGGACCGAAAGUAUACGUUGCUGAUAAUGACGACGAAAAAAUCAAUAUUAUAUUAGACAGAUAUGAAAGUGAUAAAAGUGAUGAUAAAAGAGGUUUCGAAGUUUUCACAGAUGAUACGGAUGAAGAAGGUCCAAUAAUAUCUAGUAGUCGAACUCCAGAAGUAGAAACAGAAUUGGACAUAGAAGCAGUGACCCAAAGAACUCCAAAGCGUACAACGAUACCGCCACAAGUGAUAGAAAUAAAUGAAAAGCAUUCCAUACACGAUUCAAAAUCGGAUAAACAAGCAAAUUUAGAUUGGACGGAAUUAGAGAAUUCAAGUCGUGAAGAAGAAAGAAAAGAUAUUGUUGAAAGGAAGGUAAGCACAACGCAAACUCCAAUACAACUGGUUACGCGUACUUUGAAAAAACCUGCACAUAAAUAUGCCGAUCCAACAAGCAGCGCUUCAAGAGAGGAAGAAGAAGCACAAGCGAAAACAGUUAACCCCGAGUAUGUGAUGCAUAAGAAACAAUUAAAUCUUCUUAAUUCAUUAGAUUAUGAAACAGAAAAAUCAGUAAUAGAUGCUGAAUCAAAGGAAGACAAAUAUAACUCUGAGACAUUCUCAUUCAUGUAG